AUGGGUUUACCAAUCAUCCUAUCGGCUCUGCACCUCUUUUCAAUAGCACGACCACGACAUAGACAGAGAGAUCCGGAAGAGGGGGUUCAGGAGAAAGACAGAGAGGCGGAGAGUGGCGAAGGCGCGACAGAAAAUGGUCAUACGGAGGCGGAGGAGGCAGAGACGAACGACGAAAAUGACAUUGACGACGAUUCCUACGAUCCCCUGGCUGAUCCACACAGACGGCUACAUCGACUAGGCUCUGCGACCGACGUCACUUUCUUCUCUUCCUCCGUACAUCAGUCCUUUUCAAGUAACGGUUUAAAUGCAAAUCGGCCUUGGUAUACAAGAAUCAAGGAUUACAUAUUUCCACCAGAAGAGAGCGAAUCGUCGCUCGAGAAAUUCGUUCCCCAUUACCGAUGGACACCCAUCAUAGCCGGGGUCGUCGUCCCUUUCGCCCUACUCCUCGAGAUUCCAGGCUUGACAGAAGACUGGUACAUUCGUACCGAGGCGAACCAGGUAGUCGAGACUAAGAGCAAUUCCGCGAUUUUGGAUGCAGGGCUUGCAUUCUCCAUGGCCUGCGGACUAUGUGCCAAUAUCUGUCUGGUUCUCCGAUUUUUGGAGCAGAGGGUCAAGACCGUCACUAUAUUGACUAUGAUAUUUCUCACCAUUCAUGACAUCAUCAAUAUCGUCGCUGUCACUGUGUUCGGCGUACAGCAUCGGUUCGAUGAUGGCUUCACGUAUGGACAGUCCUUCUGGUUGACGAUUUGCUCAACUGCAGCUUCUACAAUAACAAAUUUCACCGUCAUUCUAGAUUACAUCAGUACACCCGACUUUGCUCGCAGCGGGAGCGGCUUAACUCGUAGACAGCGUGCACUGGUGAUAAUCGUCAUCCUGCUACUCGUCUACAUCGCCUUCGGUGCACUCGUCAACACCUUCCUGCUGAGCCUCAACUUCAUCGAUAGCCUAUACUUCACCAUCGUGACCAUUGAGACGAUUGGCUUUGGCGACAUUACCCCAGUCAGCGCCGGUUCUCGAGUAUUCGCCUGCUUCUAUAUGGCCUUCGGCAUUCUAAUGGUCGGUAUCGCCGUUGCAAUGACACGCGAGACCGUCCUCGAAGGUCUGGAGCUGGGCUAUCGCAAGCGACUCCGGAAUCUCCAGCUUCGCCGCCGCGAGGCCCGGCGCUUUCGGCAUUGGGAAGCACGUUGGCGUCGUGCCAUCGUGUGGAGGCUGAAAGAAGCAGGCAAGCCUAUCUGGGCACCCGACACUCAGGCGUCUCAGGAAGAUGUACGCUUCAUCGGUCUGUCUGGCGGCAGGGACGGCGCAGGCGAGGUUCAUUGGAUGCGUAGGUGGAUGGAGACGCUAGGCAUGAAGAAAGUGACGCCGUAUGCAGACCACCGAGUGCACGUUCGGGGUCAUUCACGCGGCAAGCACCUGAACAUCGAUGCCCUGACCCCACAGCAGCUCGAGGCUGCCGCGCUCGAAGCCGGUGUCCCGCUCGAGAUGUUUCUCUCGCCGCCGUCCAAGCGGCCGGAGCCCGAGCGUAUGGGUAGCCAGCGCGGCGCAUCCCCGGUACCGAGCGCGUGCAGCGGCGGCGAGAAGCGUUCCAGGCUAUUCUGGUACCACCGACACCAGGAUACAGACGGCUGGCCGACGUCGCCGCAGACGCCGACGCACGCACAGGUCGGUCGCAUGGCGGCGAUGAUGACCAAGUUCGCGAUGGCUGUGACCGGCACGCACGUUCAUAUGCUUGGGCAGUCGCCUGAGGCCCACCAGCAGGUGGAAGGGGAAGCGAAUCACGAUGCGACGCCCAAUCAAAACCCAGCGUCCUUCGACGAGAACCAGUUGCACGAUAAGCAGCCACAAUAUAGCCCUAAUGCAUCCCAUAGCGGCAGCCAGCAAGGUAAGGGAGAGGGGCAGGCAGAGAAACAGCAUGGCCAGAUCGAUAACAAUGAAGACGUCGAUGGUGAUGGCGACAACGAUCAUAGCCGGAACGAGGAAUUUAGAGAUACUACUUCCAAGGGCCUUGUUGUCGAGGGCAGUUUGCAUCCUAAUGUCCCUGCAUGGGCAAAGGACCUGGCUAGUGGAAGGAAUACGCGGACGGGGAUAAUGUAUGAGCACCUCAAAGAGGAAAUGGAAGCGGAGGAGUCAAAAGCCUACUACGCAAAGCUUACAGUUGCAUGGACUCUCUUUUUGGUCUUCUGGCUAGUUGGUUCUGCGAUUUUUCACGUUACGGAAGGUUGGACUUACGGUGACGCAAUGUAUUUCUGUUUCGUGGCAUUCACUACCACUGGGUACGGAGACUUUGCUCCUGCUUCGCCAACCGGCCGCUCUAUCUUCGUUGUCUGGGCACUGCUAGGCGUUGCGACAAUGACAAUUCUCAUAUCUGUCAUCGAAGACGUCAUGUCGUCCCGCUACAAGAGUGCUCUCCAUUCUAGAACGUUUGACAGUGCCGUGAAGAAGUUCCGCGAGCGCGAGGACCAGCGGACGGAAGCAUUGGCAAAACGGGCGACGCCGCAUGCGCCUCGUGCGCACAGCACCUUAUCACUUCUGGAGGCUGUCAGACAGGCGGAGGAGACUGCCCGGCAGGAGCUCGAGAAACUGCCAGCGGAAAUUAUUCGCCGCGUACGUGCCUUCCAUGAUCAGAUGCAGUUCUUCGUGAACAGCAGCGGCACCGUCGCGGAAGAGACUGUCACCCAGGAAACGCAGAAUCAGUCGCGGAUACCUAAGCAGCUGAGAAGGCUUCUCGACGAAAUUGCGGAGCUGGAAGAGAUUGGCGAACGUGCGAAGCGGGAGAUUCUAGAGGAUGACGACUCGAGGAAUACUCUGUUAAUGCUCAGUAUAGAACGUACCCUACGAAGGUUGAUUAACUCCGCCGAACGUUCCCUCGCAGCUUUAACCGAACGCGACGGUCUCAAUGCCCAGAAAGAGCAGCGUAUGCAAGAUAGACCAGCUUCCCAUGACGAGGAUUAG